GUUGUUGAGUAAUUGCAUUGCAACUUUCUCUACUUUGCUCAAAAUCCUACCUACAUACACUCCAUUUUCAGGAAGUGAUGAGGCCAACAACUUGUAAUGUUGUUGCAAUAUUCUUGAUAAUUUUGAUGUGCUGUUUAUCCUCCUCAUGCUUUGCUAGAAAACAUUCUCAUCACAAGACGCGCCAUGCGAAGAAACGAGCACCUCCAACUCCAUAUAUUGCUCAAAAACAGGUCUUGGAUGUCGAGGUUUUUGGAGCUAAAGCUGAUGGAAAAUCAGAUAAUUCCGAGGCAUUCAAGAAAGCUUGGGACAAAGCUUGUAAUUCUUCGGAAUCAAUGAUAAUUUUGGUGCCUAAAGGCAAAAUUUACUAUGUUAAGCACAUUAAUUUUACCGGUCCCUGUCACUCUGGUAUUUCUUUGGAGAUCCAAGGAACAAUCAAGUCUUUUGCUCAGAUGUAUGAUAUCCCAAGAAGACUUUGGAUAAAGUUCGAAGAUGUAAAGAACAUGGAAAUUUUUGGUGGUGGAACAAUUGAUGGUAAUGGUGAAGUAUGGUGGAAGAAUUCUUGCAAAAUCAAGAAAACUAAGCCUUGUCAAAGCCAAAGUGCACCAACAGCCCUAACCUUCAGAAACUGCACAAAUCUAACAGUAAGCAACUUGAAGCUUCUGAAUGCACAACAAAUGCAUGUGAAUUUCCAAGACUGUGACGACGUAGAAGCUUCGAGACUUUUAGUGGAAGCACCAGAAGAGAGCCCCAACACAGAUGGGAUUCAUGUUACAAGAACUUCCAACAUUAAGAUUCUAGAAUCUGAGAUCAGAACAGGUGAUGACUGUGUUUCCAUAGUGAAUGGAUCAAGAAAUGUUGAUGUCAGAAACAUAGUUUGUGGACCAGGCCAUGGCAUCAGCAUUGGAAGCUUAGGUGAAGACAACACAGAAAAUUAUGUUUCAAAUAUUUUUGUUAAAGGAGCAACAUUUACAGGAACAACAAAUGGAGUACGAAUAAAGACUUGGCAGGGAGGCAGCGGAAUUGCAAGGAAUAUAGUGUUUGAAGAUAUUUUGAUGAGGAAUGUUCACAACCCCAUCAUCAUAAAUCAGUACUACUGUGACAAAAAUAAAAAAUGUGAUAAAGAGAAAUCGGCAGUGCAAGUGGAGAAUGUAGUAUACAGGAACAUAAAAGGCACAAGUGCUUCAAAGGUGGCCAUAAAUUUGAACUGCAGUGAAUCAGUUCCAUGCAAAAACGUUGUGCUGCAAAAUGUGAUGUUAAGUGCUCAACAAAAGGGAGAUAAAGUUGAAGCUUCUUGCAACCAUCUUGCAAUGCAGACUAACAACCUCAAUUCACUUCCAAGUUGCUAACUUCAUCUCAAUCUCCUAUUUCACUAUCAACCCCAAACCUUACAAGGCAGAAGGCGAGUUGCAAUUUUCUUGGUAGAUUGUUUUGUUCAUUGUAGUUGCAAAUUAAGAUUUCUCAUUUUUUUUCUUAGGAUACGGUUAGUGAUAGUACUGUUAUUAAUUCUGUAAUUGCAUGCGAUUAUUUGAACUAUCAAUAAAUUACAAGGAAGUAUUCUCAUC